AUGAGGCUGGCUCGCAAGGCAUGGCUCGUCCUGCUGUCCUUAAUGUACAGCUCAGCAUCGUCUUCCCUGCAGCAGACAGAUGUGCUGCGAGGAAAGUUUUCCUCUGUCCAAGCUCGUGGGCCAGAACGCAGUGCGGUAAAAGGGAAAUUCCGAAACCGCUUGGGGCAGGUGACGUCAACAUGGAUGAACGAGAGGCAGGAAGUGAACGAUGACGAUGCGGGAGUUCGGCAACUUCAGCUUGAAAUUGACAAGCUCAUCGAUCAAUGGACAGCCAACAACACCAGGGCGUCAACCCCCAUGCGCUCAGUUUCUCGAUCCACUGCGUAUCCCUUGUCGCCAUCCAUGAACAUGCUUCCUCUGCCUGUGACUCCAUUCAGAGCUGGCUUGUUUAGAAGUUCUCCCAUGAGAGCGGGCUCGGAAUCACCCAUGCUCAAUUUCGCUGCUCUGUCCCCAGGUGGGUUUGAUCUGUCAAAGUGCACAGAUGGCCUGGCUCAGCUAGCAAGGUUGGUAGACAGAGAAGGAUUGAAGGAGCUAUGGGUGGAUCCAAAUGGCAACAGCAUCUUUGAGGCUGUUUCUCAACAGAUUCUUGUACAUCCUCCUCUCCGACGACAGGCUGAGUUCAUGGGUUACACUUUCGGGGUUGUUAUCGAGGAGUUGGAUGGGGUGAAGUUGUGGAGGAUCCCUUCAGCCGUUGUGAAGAUGCGCAAAGACAUCGCCAGCUACUUGAUGGAUCUUGCAGACAAGCAGAACAACAUCUUAGACGACUUGGAGGAUGAAAACGUGGAUGAUUUCCUUUCAAGGAUCGUUGAAGAUCGGCAGCCUCUAGGGAACAUUGCCAAACAAGUCAUGGCGGAAUUCUGGUCAGUACCGAUCAGAUGUCUGGUGAUAAAUGAAACUGGGUUGGUGCAAGAGUAUGUAUAUCCUUCUUCACAGCAGGGGGAGGUUCAGAAGCUCAAAACUCAGAUAACUCUCGUUGAAUGCGGAGGAAAUUUCUGGUCACUCGCCAAUGAAGACUACUCUCCCCGGAUCUCACCCUCGCCGGAAUCAUUUUACUCUGCUCCUUCUCGAAGUGUUCAAAGAGUAGAUGAUGGUGCUGAAAGAGACCGAGCUGGAGGCCCAAGUUUGCCAACCGCCUGGCAUGAUGAACUCUCAGGGUUGGAGGACGAUGGAUUGCAGCGGAUGCAGCAGCGGGGUGUUUGGAAGCAGGAGCAAGAGGGUCAAGAGGAGCAGGAAAGAGAGCAGGGAGACACUGGCAAGGGGCGGAGGAGGAAUCUGCGGCACCAGAAGAAGCGAAAGUUGCGGUCCGGUUCACCUCGCAGCCCAGCUCCAGUUCAACAGCUGGAGGGUUCUUCUUCAGAAGGAGGGUCACAGAAUCCCCAGCAAGCAACUCCUAAGCUUUUGAAGAAUGCCAGAGAGAGAGUCAGGCCAGCAGGAGAGUAUGUUCAACCGAAGAUGAAGACCCCGGACCCUCCCAGCGAGGAAGUGAAUCCUGAGCCAAUCCAGGAAGUGACUUCAGCACCUCCACAAGUGGAUAGGGCUCGUGCGAGCGAGGAGGAGAAGGAAAGAGAAUCAAGCAGGCAGGCGGCCAUGCUGCAGGGCUUCAUGCAGCUCAUGCAGGAGAGGGACGGGCAGCGGGAUCAGAUGAUCUCGCAGAUGCAGAAUCAGACGGGGAAGCUCAUGUUGCAAGUGAUGCAAAUGAUGAGCUCCAACUCGAAACAAGAGGAGAAAGAUUCUCUGCAAGACACUCUCAAACCUCUUUCUGACAGUCUGAGAACUUUCAAAGAAGAGCUUAACACAAGGCUCAACAUGAUUGAAGAGAAGCAAAUGAAGUUGCAACAAGACCGUAGUGAACAGAGGAGAGAAAGGUUGCCAUCUCCUCCACAAGUUGGGCAAGCAAGAGAGUCAGAGGGCAGGUCAAGAGAGAGCAGGAUGGACGUGCAGGCGCGAGAAGAAUCAAGGAGGGAUGAUGUCCGUGAGAAGCGAGGGAGAGACAGAGAUGGGGAGGAUGGGAGGAGAGCGAGAGGAAGGGGGGAUGAGAAAGUCAGACACGUUCGGUUGGUGGAAGAAUCAAAAGCUGUAAAUGAUGAGAGGACAAGAGCGAAAGUUGUCAAGGGGGAGGGGGAGGCUCGUGAGAAGAAGAGAACAAAAGAGAAGAACAGAAGCAAGAAGAAACAGCCGAGUGAAAAAUCAACAUUCGUAGACGACGACAAGCUCUCUAUCAACCUCAUGCAUGCAGUCCCGGCAAAUUCGUUCUCGCCUCAGCACGACAAGUUUCUUUCUGCAGGCCUUUCAUCCAUCCCCCCGGCUCCUGCACCUCCUGUUCCUCCUCUCUACCCUCCUUCUGCUCCUCCUCCUCCUCCUCCUCCUCGUGGCUACUGGUCGUCAUUGAGCUACCUUCCUCCCUGGGCGCGGAGAGAUGUGUUUCCUCCCCCCUCAGCCUACAGCCAGUACGACAGCUUCCCUGCUCCUGAAGUGAGCAAGGGAAGCUGGGGAUGGGAGAGAGAUAUGGACAGACGGGAGAGAAGGAGCAGGACAGGGGACCUGCAUGAUGUAGAGAUUGAAGGAUCGGUGGGAAAGAGAGAAAGUCUGCGAGACAAACGAGACGGGCUUCCUCGAUCUGAGCUUGCGAAGGGCAGGGGUGGAGCACGCUUCAACGAGAUGACAGAAAGAGCUGAAGGUCUGCAGGAUCAGGCAGAGCAUGUCAUGCAGCAGAUUCACGAGGCAGAAAAGGUGAUGGAGGAGGCGAAGAAAAAGACGGAGGAGGCCAAGAGCAUGCACGAGGCGCUGGAAAAAGUUCAGGAUCUCAGGGAGAGAGCAACUGAGCGGAAAGCGAAACUUUCUUUCCUCAAGGAGCAGGAGGACGAGUUGAAGUAUCAGAUCUCAUCUGCUGCGGGAAAGAAUGAGGGGGACAGAAAGGGCAGGCACAGGAUGCAGGAGGAGGAGGAGGAGGAGGAGGGGAAGGAGGACCCUACGAGCUCGGGCAUGGCACAUUUGCUGCAAGAGGCCAUCUCUACCAUCAAGGAGACCAACGCUCGCAACAAGGUCCUUGAAGAGAAAAUUGAUCGUGCAGAGAAGAUCUUUCAACAGGAGAUCUUCUCAUGGGAAGAAGCGAUGCGGAGAGAUCUCGACAAAGCGGUUCCCCUCGACAAGUUUCGAGCGACUGGGGCGGGAGGAGGGCGAGUAGGAGGCAGGAGAGGCUUCCUGUCUCCAGAGAGCUUCGAACCUCCGCAGGCUUUCAACAGCUGGGCAAGUGCUCGGCCCUUCUUGCCGCAGGUAGAGGAGGAGGAGGAGGCGCGUGAGCGAAGUGAUAGGGAGCAGGAGACGAAGGGCCGUCGGUCUGUCCACAGCAAGGAGGUUCCAAGUUGGAGGACAGGAACAGAGGAGGAGUGGGUAGCUGGAGACGAGCUUGUCUCCUCCGCCUCCCAGGAUGACUCUCCUCUCCCUCCCCGGAAAUCCGGUCGGGACCAUGCCAAGAUUGCCUCCUCGUCCAGCAUGAGGUACCGCAAACUCCCCGCCCCCCGUGGGCUCUCCGAGCUCCUCGCCAACGCGGGUCUCUCGGGCUACGAGAAGCUCCUCGUGCGCAACGGUUGGGACUCCCUCAGCAGAGUCCAGCUGAUGGCCGAGGAGGACUUGAUGGAGCUGGGAGUGAAGAAGGGUCACGCCCGGGCCAUGAUCCGCGCGUUGAAAGGAGCCUCCAGCUGA